AUGUUUCCUCAACAUAUGUUACCACCAACCGGUAUUACUUAUAAUAUGACUUUUAAAGGUGUUGUCAAUACGGUUCCCUUAUCUGGCAUUUUUGCUAUACAGACUAUUACUGCUCAAGAUGAAAAAACAAUAAUUGGCUAUCGGCUUUGGCAGGGCUAUACAGGUGAAACUAAUGAAGUAGUUUAUACAGUAUCAUAUACAAAUGGUACUGGUUUUCAAGCAUCAGUAGAUCCUGAUAUGCAAGAAUGUAUCAGUACUUAUCCACAACAAAUCAAUUGUACAGGCUGGUCAAGUACUAAUAUUUUGAGAUGGAAUAAUUUGUGUUCAGAUCUUUCAACGGAAGAAUACAAGAGCAUUGCAAAAAUGACUGUCGAUACAGAUGCCUCUGAUUUCACACGUCCAGUCAGUUUGAAUAUAACAAUAACUACGCAAGAUUCACCUUAUAGAUUAUUUUCAACUUAUCAGUUUUCAUCAAAAACUGAAGGAAAAAUUUUUCCCCAUGUUAAAUGUGGUUUUUAA